AUGGAUAACUUCAUGUCGUCGAUCGUCGCGGCAGAGAAGGUGCUGCAGAAGAUCAACAUGCAGUCGAAGGAAUGCGAUGCGUUCUGGCAGCAGACAAACGACUUACAGUCGCAGUUCAUCGCCAAACUUGGCAUCAUUCAGAACCUGCAGCUGCUGAUGUCACAGAAGGGCGACGGUGGGGGCGGUGGGGGAGAAAGAGGUGAAGAUGGCUUCGAUCAGAAGCCGUCGAUUGUCACAACGGCCGGUGGUGACCAAGGCGAGAAUUUGACGGACAAGUUGAAGAAAUCGUUGGAGUUAGUCAGUCGCCAGGCGGGUAAACUGUACCAUACACUGAUCGACACUCGUAAGGCGUUCCUGCUUAUGUUGAAGGAGUGUACAGAGACGGUGAACACAUUGCGCAAGGAGCUUGUCAACGGCCUACUGCUCGAGUGGAAGUGUUGCCAGAAGCUGGCGCAGAUCGGCUUUCCGUUUGAGCGGCAGGACGAGCAGUUGGACCGUCUCGGUCGUUUAUUCGAGGGUCUGGCCGAGGAAGUGUGGACCCUGCGCACGUACGUGCUGUGGCUACGCGAACUAUUGACCAAAGCGCCACGGUUGCCUGACCAGAACGUGCAGCAGUGCCUGACCGUGCUUGAGCCAAUCCUCGGCGUAUUCACUCACGAGUUGCGUACCAUCGUGCACCGGUCGUUCGUCGUAUCCAAGCAACCAAACGUCGUACUGAAGCAGCACAACAAAUUUUCGGCCGAGGCCCGUCUGCUGGUCGGCGAUAAGUUCGGCAUCAAGUUCUUCAACCUGAAGGUCGGCGUGCGGCUGAUCAGCGAAGAGUAUGCACGCGCCCUCAAGCCAGACAGCAUGCGCCUGCCGCAAGCGAGCACUGUCGCCAAGAUCGGCGGUUUUGGGGCGGUCGGCGACGCUGCGGCAUCCAACGACUGUCAAGAGGUUAAUUUGGAGGUGGAUCGUGAGACAAGGCGCGUCCAUGCCGUCUUCAAGUCCAAACUGCUGAAGGUCGACCCACGCAAAGCGGCCAACAAAAGUACCGACGAACAGCAACAGAUGUCGGUGUGCGAACGCAACUACGCCCUGCUGUUUACGUGCUCGCCAUUCAAAUUGGGUGAUAUUUCGUUCAACUCUAUCUGGGCGCUGUCACUGCCCGUCAAGCUGACCGUGCAUGGUUCGCAGGAACGCCUGUCCCAGGCGAUGAUCCUCUGGGACCACGCGUUCGCCUCUCCCGAGACGCCGUUCAACAUACCAGAUGCGGUUGACUGGCUACAGCUGUCUGAAGCUCUGCAAAAAAACGGAGGCCAACUCCCUUGUCAGAGUCAGAACUCGGACUCGGCGUCGACCACUGCCACCAUGGUCACCCUACAAAAAUUCUGCAAGGACCCGAUGCGAGAGGACCUAGAUUUCUCUUUCUGGUCUUGGUUCUUCGAAAUCACUCUGCUGAUCAAGCAGAAGCUUUUGCGCUUGUGGGAUGACGGUCUAAUCAAGGGCUUCAUCAGCAGAAAAGAUGCGGCUGCCACUCUUCUGGCUCUGCCUCAGCCAAGCUUUCUGCUUCGUUUCAGUGACUCCCACCUUGGUGGCAUCUCGAUCAGCUUCUCCGCUGACCUGGAAGAUGGCCGGAGGGAGGUUGUCUACGGCAGUGACAAGUGCUACAGCAAAGCAGUCAUCUUCCGCAGCGAGGCGGAUAUGAAGCUAAAGUCGUUGCCGAUCAACCGGGAGACUUAUCCGUACGUGACCAGCGAGUUGAUCAUGGUCGCCCAUACCACGGUGCCUUGCAUGGCCGACAGCGAAUCGACGCCCGUUUCUCCGUCACAAGGCGCGUGUUCGUCACCAGGUGACACGUUGAGUUCCAUAUGCGAAAACGAGGGCAUUGAGCCGGAGCUGCUGUCGGACACGGUUGAUCUGAACAACUUCGACUGGAACAAUCUCGGCAUGUACAUGAUCGACACGGCUGAGGACCCUCAGCCUAUGGAAAUCGGUGAAUUUCUAGACAUGUUCGAUAAGUUGUACGACAUAGACUAUCCACAGGGGCAGUCCAUUGGCAACGGCAACACGGAAAUGAGCGGCUAG